AUGAUUAAAGUAAGAAAUAUCAUGGUCUCCAGGUUUCCACGGACGAACAGCACUGACCUAGUUCAGUUGGUCGUUAGCAUGAAAUUAUUCAGAGUGUUUGAACUGAACAGAAAAAUGCUGCCCAGGUACUUCAAACUUCCCAACAUCACAAUUCUCGCCAUAGUCCUUCUGACCCUUGGGUCGACGUUGUUGAGGGAAGUUAACGCUGAAAAGAUGGAACCUCCUGUCAAACCAGCCGAAUUCACCAGUGCGGAGGAAAUUAGGAAAUACGUAAAAGCUCUGGAAGAUUAUUAUUUCUAUCACGGAAGACCAAGGUUUGGCAAAAGAAAUUACGCCAACGAAUUGGAGAGUGUCCUAGGCUCCAAAUGUGAUAUUGAAAUACACCCGCAUUUGAAACACUUGCAAAAAUUACAACCAGCAGACGAGACUGUCAGAUACGUGCUGGUUCCCGCCGAGUUUUACUUAUUUCGAAACGUCCUCGCUCCAACGGGUGGUUUACAAAACAACUUCAUCACACACUGUCAUUUUUUCUAUUCAGAAUGA